AUGCGCCGGAGACGCGGUGGACAAGGACCAACUGUGUCUGACCGAAUGAUAUGGGCAUUGGAUCGGAAUAGGCGCAAGACCAUGCGAGAAGAAAAAGAGAAGCAAGAUGCAGCGCUCUGGCAAACGUCCGACGUGGUUGACAUUGAUUCCGUCGUCGUCCCUGAAUCGUUUUCCAAGGCCGAAGUGAUGCGGUUGUGGUAUAUCGCGCAUUGUGGUCCUGAUGGACGCUUUGGUGCCGACAUGGACACGAUGGGUGUUGGAGGGCCGAUGGGUGGAGGUGGAAUGGGUGUCGAGGCACUGUAUAUGCCUCCGCCCAAGGCGCCACUGCGACGGCGUGUGAAGAUUGCGCGACGUCUGGCGCCCCUUGUCCUGCCGCGUUACCUUGGGUUUAUCUGGAGAGUCGCAGGGUGGCGAGCAGUUAUCCAGGUGGUUUCGGAUAUCGCAUUAGGCCUCUUACCGGCGUGGGGGACGUUUGCACAAGGCAAGCUUGUCGAUGCCGUCCAGCGCUCGCUCUAUUCAAAGGACGUUCCCGCGGAAGAAAUCAUCCGUUGUGCCAUUUGGAGUUUGGUGGCGUCGAAUAUGCGACCUAUCAUCAAUAUCAUUCUGGCGAAAAACAACGCCAAAGUGGUGGAGAUGAUUGCAAGAGAGACAGAGCGUGUCAUUUUGCAGAUAAACCUCGAUGCAGAUAUGACCUCUGUAUCUGAUCCAGCCUUUUCUGUACUCCUCUCUGAUUGCAGCUCCGUUGGCCGAGGUAAUAGCUUGCCAGGGAGCGGAAUUCCUCAUUUCAAGAACAUUAUCGACAUCUUCAACGUCAUUGCGACUUUACUCUCUUCGACGAUCCUCUGUAUUACGACACUCAGAAGUUUUUCCGUCAGUGGCGCAUCGUCCUCUUUCUCGACUCUGCUGUUCAUCUUUCUCGCCACAUUUCCAACCUUCUUCUCCGACUUUGUUCGUCGUGCCGGGCUCUACAAUCCAUCGGAAGACUAUAUAGCGUGGAGAAGAUCCUCCAAGGACGCCGGGACGUUUUAUAAUAUUGCCAUGAGCUUCGCCUAUAAGCAAGAGGUCUUGCUCUUUGGUCUGCGUGAUUGGAUCAUUGACUCGUGGUCCAAAGCCAAAGAAGAAGGUGCCAAAUAUCAAGAUCCUACAAACGACUUGCUGGUGCGUUCUAUGGCAGUGUCGUCUAUCCCGGAGAGCGUAGUAAAGGAUGUGCUCUAUCUUCUUCUCGGACUGCGACUCUUCUCAGAGAACAUUACCCUUGGUUCUAUUCACGUCAUCCAGUCAAGUAUAGGCAGUGUCUACUGGGCGGUCACCAACUUUUGGAGUCAGAUAGAGUCUGUGUUGCAGUCGAUUGAGUGCAUAAGUGCCUUUAUUGAGGCGCCAGCCUGGAUAAAGGAACGGAACGAAGGGGGCAUUCGGACCGUUGAGUAUGCACCACAAGCACCACUCGCAGGAGAGAAGCGAGGGAUGCGAAUCGAGGCUCGCAAUUUGUCCUUCAAAUAUCCAUCUGGACGAACGAAGGCGCUACGAAACAUUAAUCUUACCAUCGAGCCAGGUCAAACUCUGGCAAUCGUUGGUGUCAACGGCGGUGGAAAAUCCACGCUAGCCAAAGUUUUGACGGGCCUGUAUGAGUAUGAGGGGAGUCUACUCAUAGAUGGAGUCGAAGCACGCACUUACAAGCGUGAUUCGCUUCAUCGAUACAUGACUGUGUGUCCACAAGAUUAUGCGGUUCUUCCUCUCUCCCUCGGGAACAACGUUGGUAUUGGACAAGUUUCCGAAGUGGACGAUAAGCCUGCCAUCAUGCGUGCUGUCAAAAGAGGUGGUGCAGAAGAAGUGAUACGAAUACAUGGAUUAGAUGUGUACCUCAGUGGGGUGGGAGCGCCGAGUAUGGCAUGGCCAGAAGCUCCAGCUCUGGAACCAGCACCCCAACCGGAUCAGCCCAAGGAGAAAGUCAAGAAGAAUGCUGAAGAGGAGGGAAAGUCGACAGAGGAAAAGCCUCAGGCCAGCCCUCUGCCAGUGAAGGGCCAGCCCGAGGAACUCGAACCGCCUCAACCAAAUCUGCCUAGCAAACCUCGUUCCCCACUUGAUCUAGAGCACCGUACAGUUGCUCUUAGCGGUGGUCAGAUGCAGCGUGUGGCCAUUUCUCGUGCAUUCAUGCGAGCGGAUGAAGCGAUGCUGGUGGUAUUAGACGAACCAUCGGCUUCAUUGGAUGCCAGAGCGGAAUAUGAGCUCUUCCAACGUAUAUACGCACUUUCAAGAGGAGAUUCGGGGGACACGCGCACGACAGUGUACAUCUCACACAGAUUUUCGACAGUUCGUAGGGCCGACCAGAUUGCUGUUGUGGAGCACGGAGAAAUUAUCGAGUUGGGCUCACACAAGCAACUCAUGGACCUCAAUGGACGUUAUGCCGAAUUCUUCAACCUCCAGGUCCAGGCCUUCUCAGAAUGA